CGGAUCUCAAAUCCUAUUAUGUUAUGUCGUGAGAUUUUAGGUAUCAAUAAGUCAAUGGACCAACUCUGAAAAGUCUACAUUGAGGGGACGGACCAUUUUACCAAGAAAAAGUCUCAGGAUGAAAUUAAAAUAUAUCAAAUUUUUCAUUGUCCUAUUUGUGAUCUUGUUCUUAUUCCAAAUAAGCUUGAAAGUUGGAACAUUCAUGGAAAAAAAAAUUGUUUACAACAGAGAUACAGAACAUAAGCCUCUUUUUGUAAUUGGAAUUUUAACCUGUGACGAAAAUGCUGAUCGGAGGGCGGCACAAAGGAAAACAUGGAUUUCGACAAUGAUCCAAUAUGCAGACCAGCUACCUUUCCGUAUUGUUUAUAAAUUUGUUUUUGAUUAUCCGUCUAAUGCAUCAAUUCUUGAAAAUUAUAUGUAUAACGAUAUUGUGUAUCUCAAUGUGACUCACCAUGGAUGGGCUGUUAGUUUCGGUGAGAAACUAUACAAAUGGUUGCAAUAUAUUCAUUCACACUACCCCGAUGCUUCGAUAGCAGCAAAGAUGGACGAUGACGUGUUUUUAUGCAUUCCACAAAUAACAACGCGGUUGCAUGAACUCUUAACACCAACAUUACUAUAUGGUUGGAGACGAACAACGUCGAAUGCACCUGAAAUUGAUGAAAUGUUUGUAGUUCUUGGAAUAGAUUUAAUAAAAAGAAUUGUGGACAGGAAAUAUUGCGGUAAAUCAAAAUGCGACAGUCAUACAGAUUUAAUUGGUCACAACUUUGCACAUAUAGCGCUGUAUGAUUGGCUCUCCAUAUACAAUGACGUUGACACACAUGCGGAUGACAAAAGAAUUGUAAUGGUAUGGAGACGCAAAGAUCGAGAACAAGUUUUUGCCAGAUACAUUAAUAAAGAUUCUUGUGUAGAUAAUGUCCUCCUUCACAAAGCUCUCCCGUUAGAAAUGUACAAACUGCACGAGCAAACCAGUCCAGUAAAAUUCCCACAAAAUAUAGAUCCAAUGAAUUAUAUCCAAACAAAAGACGCACACAAGAAAACAGUCUAUGAUUUUAAUGGUACGCUAGCUGGUGCUGUUACUGGUUCUCUUUUUUUUGGCAAUGUGAUCAGAAGUAUACCAGUAGUUCCCCUGAAAAAUUAUUGGUCGAUAACACCUAACCCGAAAGAGAAAACAUGUUACAACUGGGCAGUAGUCACAACAAUAUUUUCUCCAUCAAAAGCUGUACAAUAUAUAGAUACACUACAUGAUUGGUGUCUUCUAGUUGUUGCUGAUAUCAAAACACCACCAGAACACAUAUAUCUCAAACAUUUGUCAAAUCGGAACACAAAAUAUUUAACAAUAGUCGAACAAAAACAUCGUUACCCAAUGUUAGCCGAAGCAAUACCAUUUAAUCAUUUUGGUAGAAAGAAUAUUGGUUAUAUCUAUGCCAUUCAGCACAAGGCAAAAAUGAUAUGGGAUUUUGAUGAUGAUAACAUUGGAAUAGUAGAUACAAUGAAGUUUAAUUCCAUCAGCACUGCUUCCGAUUAUGCUGAGGUUUGUACGAAAUAUGUGACUAAGAUUGUUAAUCCAUAUCCAUAUUUCGGAGUUAACGAGACAUACACGUGGCCUAGAGGAUUUCCAUUGCAGUUAAUUAAAGACAACAGAACAAUACCAAAAGAAUGUAAUGCAAAAGAACAAAAAAAAGUUGGAAUAAUGCAAGCACUUGCAAACGAACAACCGGAUGUUGAUGCUAUUUAUAGACUUACAAGGAAAGUUCCCUUUAAUUUCAGUAACAACAAUAAACGGGCGUUGUUAAUUCCAAGACACUCGUAUACACCAUUCAAUGCACAAGCUACAUUGUGGUUCUCAGCAUCAUUUGAUUUGAUGCCACUUCCGGUAAGUGUAAAUGGGCGUGUAAGUGAUAUUUGGAGAAGCUACAUUGCACAGUUUUUCCUACAUAAGAAAAAUAUUUAUCUAGGCUUUUUACCUCCGUGUGUUUUCCAGGAUCGAAAUCCACAUAACAUACUCAAAGAUUUUAAUGCGGAGAUGGAUUUAUACGAAAAAAGCAAUCAGCUGAUUGAGUUUCUAAGCAGUUCUGAGGCUAAGAAUUUAUAUACGAUCAGAGAAGUAUAUGAACAGUUAUAUGUCAGAAACUAUAUAGAUAUUAGUGACUUGCUCUUCAUACAAGCUUGGGAAACAACUUUGUCAUCUGUCCAAAAUAAAAAAUUAUAA